AUGCCAGAUGUGAGAGAGAGAACCAAUGAAAUAGAGGUUGAUUGUGUUGAGAGAUUCAUGAGGCAUGCAACAUUACACAACAGUUUCCUAUCCACUGUCCUGGAGCAAUUUGCGCAUAAACACCCUGAUUUCAAAUAUGCAUUGUUCGAUUACUAUAAUGCUCUUCGUAAUAGAACUCUUCAUCCCACAGAAUACGGUUUCAAGGUAGGGAAUGUUGCAUGCUGUGGCACCGGAGCUCUGAACGGACAUGGUUGCAGUAGUACAGAGGAACCUUUCAAUUUAUGCGAUGAUAGGAAUGAGUAUGUGUUUUUUGAUGGAGGCCAUACUUCUGAUAGAGCCAACUUUCAACUAGCGGAGCUAAUGUGGAGAGGACCAAAAGAUGUCACAGGACCUCAUUACAAUGUUGAGAUGCUGUUUAAUCUUUAA